AUGUUUUGGCAAAUAAACAAAUAUUGGCGGCGGCGACAUUCAGCGCUACGAAUAUUUACUAUUUCUUUACGGCUAAUAUUCUCUCUUACACUACUGUUUAGUGAGUCGGUUUCACUUCCUAAUUGGAGUAAACAUUCCUCUGAUUACGACCAAUUAAUUACUGAGAAGAGCUUGCGACUAGCAACAAUGAGAAAUGCGACAAGCGACAAUGACACUCAUCUGAGAGACGACUAUGAAUCAAUUAAACUUAAUUCGACAAUGUCGCAUCAUAAAUCAUUCUAUACAUUGAAUAAUAAGGAAGUUGUCGAUAUAACUGAUCAAGUUUAUUCUAAUGUUUCAAUUGAGAGUAUUCGAAAUAUUUCGGAACAGCAAUUCCGUAAUUUUUUAAAAGGAAUACUUCAAAGGCAUUUGGAAUUAGCACGAAGGAAAAUUGCUUAUCCAAAUAUUUUUGCUACAACUAAUAAUUAUGUUUAUCAAAAUAAUAGAAUAGGCUGCCAGAUGGUUUGUCAAUUUAUCUCAUUUUGCAUCAUAGUUAGUGGCAUUUGUUUAUUGUGGACAUGUACCUGUUGUACACAAUCAAGGAGUGUCGAUGACAGCGAUGAGAGCCUUUGUGGCGUUAAUCCGGCCAGUGUUCCAGCCCCAAUUGAUUAUAGUAAGCCAUAUAUGAUCAAAUGUGACUCACAAGGCUCUUGCUAUGCUAGUCCACUGAACGAUGAUGAAGUACCGCCGUUGCCAAGCUAUAAUAAAGCGCUCAGUUGUCCAACCCAUCCAUUUCCUAAAAUUCAAGAAUUAUCUAAAUCAGAUUGUGUCUGA